AUGUCUGGAACACAAGUUCCACGAAAUUUUAGACUACUAGAAGAAUUAGAGAAAGGUGAAAAAGGAUUAGGAGAUGGUACAUGUUCUUAUGGACUUGCAGAUGGAGAUGAUAUCACUAUGACAAAAUGGAAUGGAACGAUCAUUGGUCCAAGUCAUAGUGUACAUGAGAAUAGAAUUUAUGAUAUAAAGAUUACUUGUGGUAAUUUUUAUCCUGAUAAACCACCUACUAUUCAUUUUCUUACUAAGAUCAAUAUGCCAUGUGUGAAUUCGACAACUGGAGAGGUGGAAGCUUCACAUUUCCCAUUACUCGAGAAUUGGCGUCGAAACUAUACACUCGAGACUGUUCUUGUAGAGCUCAGAAGGGAAAUGUUACGGGCCGGUCGAAAACUACCCCAGCCACCCGAAGGCACUAUGUUUUGA